UGUGUGCGUGCGUGCGCGUGCGCGCGUGUUCUCCUCCAAACUGCUCUAGGUCCACGGUGACAAGCUUUCGCCACACCACUCUGUCACGAAAUCUGUGCCGUGGGCUGUUCGCCGCUGUCGUGCUGUUUGCGGUGUAGGAAUACAGGCUGUUUAUGGAUUCUCCGCCGGAUCCCGAGAGCGACCCGGGCAUGAGCAGCUCCGAGCCCGCUACGCCAGUCAUGGACACGCCGGCGAGCAUGAAGACCCAGCGAAACGGCGACCACCAGACCCCCGUCAGAAGACACAGCUGCUCCAGUUCCAGCAAAGGAGUAUCAGCGGUAGCAAAGAAGACACAUACAUCGCAAAUUGAAAUAAUUCCCUGUAAGAUCUGCGGAGAUAAAUCAUCAGGGAUCCACUAUGGCGUCAUCACUUGUGAAGGUUGCAAGGGUUUCUUCAGGAGGAGUCAGCAGAGUAAUGCAGCCUACUCCUGCCCACGCCAGAAGAACUGUCUGAUCGACCGCACCAGUCGUAACCGCUGUCAACACUGUCGCCUGCAGAAAUGUCUGGCCGUGGGCAUGUCGCGAGACGCGGUGAAGUUUGGCCGUAUGUCCAAAAAGCAGAGGGACAGCCUCUACGCCGAGGUUCAGAAGCACCGUCUGCAGCAGCAACAGCAGCAGGGACAGGCCAGCCACCUUCUCCACUCCCACUCCAGCCUGAGCAGCCAGACCCCGGGGGAGGCCGAGCCCAUCUCUCCCCCCUACGGCCUGGCCUCCAUGGGCCUCACCGAGCUGCACGAUGAGCUGGGAGGCUACAUGGAGCAGAACUCCCCCGAGGGAGGCUCUGCAUCCUCCAAGGCGGACUCCAGUGGAGGAGGAGGAGGCGGAGGGGUGGGGGGGUUCUACCUGGAUAUCCAGCCGUCCCCGGACCAGUCCGGCCUGGACAUCAACGGCAUCAAACCAGAACCGCUCUGUGACUACGGCUCCACUAACGGCUUCCUCCCCUACUGCUCCUUCAGCAACGGAGAGACGUCGCCAACGGUGUCCAUGGCCGAGCUUGAGCACCUGGCCCAGAACAUCUCCAAGUCACAUCUGGAGACGUGUCAGUACCUGAGGGAGGAGCUACAGCAGAUGACCUGGCAGGCCUUCUUGCAGGAGGAGGUGGACAGCUACCAAAGCAAGCCGCGGGAGGUGAUGUGGCAGCUGUGUGCCAUCAAGAUCACUGAGGCAAUCCAGUAUGUGGUGGAGUUCGCCAAACGCAUCGACGGCUUCAUGGAACUGUGCCAGAAUGACCAGAUAGUGUUGCUGAAAGCAGGUUCUCUAGAGGUGGUCUUUGUCAGAAUGUGCCGGGCUCUUGACAUGCAGAACAACACCGUCUACUUUGAUGGGAAAUACGCAGGGCCAGAUGUCUUUAAAGCCUUAGGUUGUGAUGACUUGAUAGCAUCUGUGUUUGACUUUGCCAAGAACAUGUGUUCGCUGCAUCUGUCUGAGGAAGAGAUCGGUGUGUUCUCGGCCUUCGUGCUCCUGUCUGCAGACCGUUCCUGGCUUCAGGAGAAAGUGAAGGUGGAGAAGCUUCAGCAGAAGACCCAGCUGGCUCUGCAACAUGUCCUGCAGAAGAACCACCGAGAGGAUGGCAUACUCACCAAGUUGAUUUGCAAGGUGUCGACGUUGCGGGCCCUCUGCAGCCGGCACACAGAGAAGCUGUCGGCAUUCAAGGCGGUCUACCCGGACAUCGUCCGAACCCACUUUCCUCCCUUAUACAAGGAACUGUUUGGCUCAGACUUUGAACAGGCCAUGCCUGCAGAGGGCUAGUCGCUAACAGGUUCUCUACGGUGCGGUACCGCAUUCUGACUGUACCUAACCGUAUUUGUACGGUUUUUGGGCUGUAAUAUUGAGAGCCCCACUGCCGAGGGGAAAACGGACAGACCCUCUGUCAGUGACGUGGCCACUACACUUACACAGACAGCCGGCGUGCUUUGCAAAAUGAAAGGAUCUCACCUCCUUCUCUUCUUCUUCAUUUUUCUUCACCUCACCAUCGUCCUCCUUCUCCUACUCUUCGUCAUCCCCUUGACGUCUAGAUUAGAUGGAUCCCAAGGGAUGAGAAUGAGGAUGUCACGUCCAUAGUGCUUACAGCAGAGCUUGUAAAAUUUAUCAGGUCACAAACCCACCACCCACAAUGACACUGUACUUACUGGCAAAGCCCUGAGGCCAAUAUAAACAUGUCAGAUGGUGAACUUUGACAUCACAUUAUGAUUUUUAUUUUCCUUUUUCACAGUACUUCAUAAUAAUUGGAGGAAGCCUAGCGGCAACAAAUGUUCAUAAUGCCGUCACAAUGACUAAAAAAAUAUUAUAAAUCAGUUUUUUUCAUAGCUCAGAAGUGAUCAUGUAACCCCCUGCGGAGGCUGAAAACCACUUAAUGAUAAAUGGCCCUGUGCAUGUUGGUAUAAAUGGAUGGCUCAAAUUUGAUUUGUCUCCAGAGAUGUCAGUUUCCACAAAAUGGUAUGUUAAUGUCAAAAGAUGACUUGUUUUGAUUAUCUUGAUAUUUCUAAAACUUCAUUUUUAAAUCAUGGAGAAAAAAAAAAGAAGAUUACGAUACCUUUUUUUUUCAUCAAACUGUUUUCUUUCUUUGGAGGUGGAUGCUGUCAUUCAGCUGGUUUCUCUCUAUCUCCCGUUAGUGAGCCGUACCUGUGCACGAUGCAGCAUGAAACACACAAGCACCAGAACAAAAAGGAUCAUUUGAUCAAAAAACUUUGGAGCGAAUGAAAAAAACAAAAAGCCCAGCAUAUAUUAUGAGUAUGUGUCGGUCAAGUCCAACCUGCUCUGGAAGGGAGAGUUAAAAAAAAGGAGAAAAUGGGAAAUGUGAAGUUUUAUUCCAAAAUGAAAUAUCCAAAAAAAAAUUUUUUUUUUGAAGAGUCAAUGUGAAGUGGUAGCUUACACACACACAAAAAAAGGUACAUUUUGGGGCAUCUGGGUGGCGUGGGGGUCUAUUCCAUUGCCUAUCAACAUGGGGAUCAUCAGUUCGAAUCCCUGUGUUACCUCCAACUUGUUCGGGCGUCCCUACAGACACAAUUGGCUGUGUCUGCGGGUGGGAAGCCGGAUGUGGGUAUGUGUCCUGGUCGCUGCACUAGCGCCUCCUCUGGUCAGUUGGGGUGCCUGUUGGGGGGGGGGGACUGGGGGGAAUAGCAUGAUCCUCCCACGCACUACGUCCCCCUGGCGAAACUCCUCACUGUCUGGUGAAAAGAAGCGGCUGGUGACUCCACAUGUAUCGGAGGAGGCAUGUGGUAGUCUGCAGCCCUCCUGGAUCGGCAGAGGGGGUGCCGCAGUGAUCGGGACGGCUCGGAAGAGUGGGGUAAUUGGCCAAGUACAACUGGGGAGAAAAGGGGAGAGGAAAAAAAAAGUAUAUUUAUAUGGUAAAUUUUGAAGGACAGAUGGUAAUUUAGGGGAUAAUUGACAAGAAAAUAGUGAUUUUAAUAACUUGAUCCUCUAGAUGUUUUUUAAUUUAACAAAAUGGGUACGCUAUUUUGGAAUAACUCUUCAAACUCAGUGGCCACAGAAAAAACAGGACAAUCAGCAACAUAUAGGGUCAGACUUCACCUCCCUCACGGCCAUCACUGAUGAAGAUUUGAUAUUUGGAAACAUGGGCUGAGCUCCAUUGAAGUUGUCCAUUGAACCGUAACAUUGUUCCUUACAGGGUAUGCGAUUACAUCUCCAGGCUAAUCUUGCCAAAAUGACUCAAUGUAAAAAUAUUUUUAGAAACUAUUUUUAAGAACCUGCUGUUAUUGAUUAUAGCUAUGGCUUUCUUAUUGUUCAGUGGAUCAGGCACUUUGAACCUGUUUGUAAUUUAAGAAAAUCUUGUAUUUUGGUUUUUAAGUGUGUUGUUUGCUUUACACAGUAUCGGCGGCAGUAGGUAACCUGAUCCUGCGCUGGUAUGUCUGCCAUCCGAGAUUCAAGAGCAAUAUUUCAAAAUCCUCCUGUGUUUCUCAAGCCCAGACAAAUUGGUCCUUGGCAUCAGCCCCAUCAACAGAAAUCCCCCACCCGUCACCGUGGCUCUGUCCAUCUACCUCCCAUGUCCCCGCCAUCACUGCAAACCCCAUCACAAGCUGCACUUAGAUAUGCGGGUCUCCAUUUUCUCUCCGAUGCACCCAUAUGCUGUGAGAAUGAAUAAUGAAACUGAGCUUUUCGUCCUGGCACCCAGAAAUAGACUAGCAUGGCACAAAAGGAAAUGAGAGAAAUGACACAGAGUAGCAACUUCGUCUAGCUGGAAAUUGAUCAGUACCGCCAUCUAGUGGCCACGACCGUGAAGUAAGUACAGUCAGAUGUUUCUGAUGGCUCACCAGUUUAACCGUGGCCUCGGAGAAGAAGGCAGUGGUCAAGUCACUUUCCAUUGGACUUUUACUUGCAAUUCAAGACUUUUAAAACCACUUUUCAAUAAAAAAAAAACUAUUUUUAAAAUAUGCUAUAGCGAAGGAUUCUUUGUUAAUGUUUCUUUUUUUUUUGCAUUGAGUAAACUGACAGCGCUUGUCCCUGCACCCCUCCGUAUGUACGGAUGUCUCUCUGGUGUGAAGACUCUUGAUUUGAGUUUUUUUUAAUUUAGAGGCAAAACAAUAAGCUGAUAUCCGCUUGUGUGAUUGACUUAUUCCAUGUCUGCUCGCUCGAGUGCUGUUUUUUUUUCUGUCUCCACACCAGUCUGUUUAACAAAGUGUCGUUUCUCAUUUAAAGCAGAGAGAUCUGAACGAUCAAAAACUUCAGACGGAAGUCUUGUCUGAUGGUGAAUGACCUCCAUGUG